CGCUUCUUACCAUUCGCACGCCAUGACUUUGUAUAUAGGACCCAGAUCCUUCACUUCUGCUUCCCAUUGUUGCCCUUUGCCUUUGCGUCGUCAGAUCUACUAUGCUUGGGUGAGCCAAUUGCCGGAGAUAAGCUAGCGCAGACGUCAUCCCCCGCCUAAAUUUUGCGAAGCUUGAGCGAUAGCCGCCACCGAUAGCACGAUAGAAGGUUGGAGGCAUCAUACACUGACGAACUGCGGUGUUCCUAGAGGAGAACGGAAGAAAGAGUAGCACAAAAUGUCUCUCUCCCAGCGCCUCACGGCUAUGGAGGAGCACGAGCCGUGGAGUAGAGAGGCGAGUCCGGACUCGAGGCACCGUAAGAUGUCUUUCAACCCCGUGGGAACAUGGACAGAGCCUACGGGUGAAGAAGCAACAAUCGGCGCCUUCGAAGUGCCCAAGUGGAAGAGACUGCUCCAGGUCUUCUUCGCCGUUAUCUACUGCCUCUUCGCCGCCGGCGUCGUCUUCGGGUACGCCGCGAUAAAACCGGUACUUCUCGAGGAGGGCGUAUACAGAAAUCAGUGCACAAAGGAGGAGCUUGACCAGAAUGUCAUUGUGUGCUAUGAGCAGGAGCUCCGGCUCAACCUCAUGUUCACAAUUGCUGCCGUUUCCACCAACGUCGUCGCAUUGCCUGUUGGUACGAUUCUCGAUCGCUUCGGGCCGCGCGUAUGUGGCAUAACCGGCGCCAUAUCCAUCACUCUCGGUUCACUGCUUUUCGCGUUUGCGGCGCAGUUGCCAUUCGAUGCAUAUAUCCCCGCAUACCUGUUCAUGGCAUUGGGCGGACCAUUUAUAUUCAUUUCCUCCUUCCAGCUCAGCAACACGUUCCCGCGAUACUCUGGACUUAUCCUGGCCCUUCUCACUGGAGCUUUCGAUACCUCGAGCGCAAUCUUCCUAAUCUACCGAUUGCUCUACCAGGCUACCAAUGGCGGAUUCACGCUUAAGAAGUUCUUCCUCAUCUACCUCAUUGUACCGGCAUUUAUCUUGACUGUCCAAGUACUUUUUAUGCCAUCUGUGUCCUACAAGACUGUCGGCGAGCUCGUUACCCAAGCAGAAGAAGAACAUCUCAUCCACGACUCGGAUGAUGACAUUGAAGACGAAGCUACAGUCCAACGUCUACAAGAAUCCCGUCGCGCGCACCGUGACAGCAUUGUCAGUGAGAUCACAACCCUCAUUGGCACCAAAGACGGCGCAAAUCAAGCACAAGAGGAAGAGAGGAAGAAGAACACAUCAGGCGUGUGGGGUGCACUACACGGACGCACUGCCGCACAGCAAAUCCGCACACCGUGGUUCGUUCUCAUCACUUUGUUCACGGUUCUGCAAAUGACGAGGAUCAAUUACUUCGUCGCUACUAUUCGGACGCAGUACACAUACAUUUUCCAUAACUACGACAAGGCCGUUGAGAUCAACAAUUUCUUCGACGUCGCACUACCCGUUGGCGGUGUUAUUUCGGUUCCCUUCAUUGGUCUGCUGCUGGAUAACACGAGUACUACCUUCACCCUAGCCAUGCUCGUAUCUACUGCGACAGCAAUCGGUGUUCUAGGCGUCAUCCCCGAAACGUGGGCAGCGUACUCGAACAUUGCUCUCUUCGUUCUGUAUCGCCCGCUGUACUACACUGCUGUCUCCGACUACUCCGCCAAAGUCUUUGGCUUCGCCACCUUCGGCAAAGUCUACGGCCUAAUCAUCUGUCUUGCCGGCCUAUUCAACUUCUCGCAAUCCGCACUCGACGCCGCAACGCACAAGGCCUUUCGCAACGAUCCUGUCCCCGUCAACAUUAUCCUCCUUGGCCUGGCGUUGCUGGUGGGUAUCGCACUUGUCGCUUUUGUUUGGCGACGUAGCCAUAGGAUUCUGAGAGACAAUAUUGAAGAGGAGGCUCAGGGCGCCAGGGAGGUGCUUAUGCCUGGCGCGAACGAGGUUCGUGUGAACGACUAUGGUGCGAUUAAUGGGAAUGGAAGUGGAAGCCCGAGCCCAGGUGAAGAAAGCAGAGGGCGCAGGCUGUAAGGUCAGAGUCGUCUUCCUUUUGUAAACUGUUGGGAUUUCUCCUACUGCGUUGUAUGAUCCGCUCUAGCGUUGACUUUACUUUCAAACCAAGAAAGUAAACUGUUGGGAUAUGAUUUAGGCGCGAUUUCUUGUAAGUGCUGACCUUUUGAUAUCUUCUCUUCAUUGCCUUUGAAAGUAAAGUCAACGCUAGAGCGGAUCAUACAACGCAGUAGGAGAGAUCAGUAUAAAACUACAGUUCAGGUGCUAUACCCGCUAGUAUCUUAUAUAUAUAUACGCAUGCUACUGCCUAGAUAAAGCAUUAGGGGAUAUAUAAUCUAUUAC